CAUCAAUCAUCUUAUUUUGAAAUAACCCCAUACGUCAUCGAGCGACGCAGCGUCGCAUGCAGCGCGUUGUUCUGGCCAGCUUGACGGCUCUCUACUCCGCUAAAGACAUCGGGGUUUCGGCUCCGACCAGUGUCAACAAUAUGCCGGCUAGAGGAUUUUAAAUACCCAGAACACAUCGGAGCCUUUGGAAUACUUGUUUUCUCUGUGGGAUAUAUAGUGGCCAACAGCUCAAAGUGCAUCGAGUGUACAACUUUUAAGCGUCAACAACAUGCCGGCUGAAGGCUUUUGAAUACCCAGAACACAUCAGAGCCUUUGGAAUAAAACAUUUGAUGUGGGAUAUAUAGUGGCGAACAGCUCAAAGUGCAUCGAGUGUACAACUUUUAAGUGUCAACAAUACACCGUCUGAAGGAUUUUAAAUACCCAGAAACCAUCAGAGCCUUUGGAAUACAUUUUUUCUUUUGACAUCUGGCUGUUUUUGUGGGAUAUUUCGCCAACGGGGCGGAGAACGCUCACGAUGCUGAUACCCAGCAACCAGGGUUGAGGUGUUGACUUGCUUGACUAUGAAGCUCCCAGGAAAGUGACCUCGGUGGAGCCUGCAGCCCAAGGUUGCCAGUCGCCGGGCACGAUGGCAUCCAGUGAGAGACUGUACGAGGUCUGGAUGCUCUACUGCAACAAGAGGGACCCAGACUACUUGAAGCUAUGGCUGGAGAGUUUCAUCAGCUCCUAUGACCGGUGCCUAGAUGUGGACUUUGAAAAGCUGCCAUCAAGGCCAGAGGAGCCUCCACCAGUAUUGAGCCUCCUCCCAGACAACAUCCUGCAGGUUUUGCGCCACCAGCUGCUGCAGUGCGUCCAAAAAGCCUCUGACGGCUUGGAGCCCGAGCAGCAAAACCUGGCGCUGCUGCUGCUCAAGUUCCUCAUCAUUGUGUGCAGGAACCUGUCCAAUGUGGAGGAGAUCGGCACCUGCUCCUACAUCAACCACAUCAUUGCCAUGACGACACUUUAUAUUCAGCAGCUGAAGAGUAAGACCAAAGAGAAGGAGUUGGUGGACCAGAGCCAGGCGGAGGAGUUUGUCCGUCAUGCACUGGCGUUCUGCGAGAGCCUCUACGACCCUUAUUGCAACUGGAGGCUCCGACUCUGCGGGGAGCAGCUGGGCACAGUGGAGAGGAGCAGGCAGAAGUACAAAGCAGCUCCGCUCACUGUGGAAUUUGUUCCCUUCUUUUACCAGUGUUUUCAAGAGAGCGAGCAUCUGAAGGAAAGCCUAAAAUGCUGUCUGUUGCACCUUUUUGGGGCCAUAGUAGCUGGUGAUCAGAAGAACGCUCUGCUUGCCAUCUCUCCAGCCACCAUGGAGGUUUUGGUGCGUGUGCUGGUGGACUGCUCCAUGGGCGGCUGCUCCUCUGAUCAGGGCGAAGACUGGGACAGUGAGGCCCCUGAUCGGAAGGCCUGUCUCACUCUGGGCUGUUUGCGGGUGGUGGUGCAGUGCCUCCUGGCCGCUAGUUCUGACCAGCGGCAAGUGGAAAUAGCCUCUGUGCUAGAAAACUACUUCAAGCUGCUUAACUCAGACCCGGCAGCUGUGGUUGCCGCCCGACAGCAGCAGCAACAGCAACAGCAACAGCAGCAGCAACAGCAGCAGCAGCAGCAGCAGCAACAGCAGCAACAGCAGCAGCAGCAGCAGCAGCAGCAGCAAGCCAAAGUGCGAGUGCCAACACUGGGUCGACACUGGGAGAGCCGCUUUGUGGCUCUGCAAGUGCACAUGCUAGACACAAUAAGGGACAUGUUCCUGUGUUCAGACAGACCAGUUCUACAAGCCAUCUUUCUCAACAGCAAUUGCUUUGAGCAUCUGACACGACUGCUGCAAAACAGCAAGCUGGUUAACGCUAGGUGCACGGCGGCAGACAAGGACCAGAAAGAUAUAACCAACAACAGGUUACUGACAGGAGAGAGAGACACUCAGGUGUUUCAAGGACGAUUAGACUCCCUUGCUGUAGCAACUAUAAGGGCCCUGACAACAGUGAUGCAUAAAUCCCCUGCAGCAAAGGAGGUGUUCAAAGAGAGGAUUGGGUACAAUCACUUGUACGAGGUCCUCGUCUCGCUCGGCCAUCCGUCUCGACACCUCCUGAAAGAGCUGAUGAACAUGGCGGUAGAAGGUGAGCACACAUCAGUGGGCCUCUUGGGAAUCAGCAACGUGGAGCCCUUGCUGCUGCUGGUCCAGUGGCUACCAGAACUAGACUCAUCCGAGUUACAGAAUUUUGCUGCCGACUGGCUCUGCCGCCUCAGCUGCCUGAACCGUCAGACACGUGCUACCUGUGUCAACGCCACCAUGGUCAUGCGUGCGCUGGCGGUCCUGGAGUGCCACGAGCGGCUCCACAGAGCUUGUGCAGAGAGCCUUUUGGGACUGGUGGGCUCGCUUGGCUCCCAGUCGUUGAGCGCCAGGGAUCUCUUUGAGCUUCUGCACCUGCUCAGGCCUUCAGAGGCAAGCCAAGCACACCCUUACGUAGGUCCGGCCCUUAAGGCUCUCCUCGCCAUGGUGCGCAAGCAGGGUCUGGAAAGUGCCAUGCAGUACUUCGACCUGUCACCGAGCAUGGCCGGCAUCGCAGUUCCAAUACUGCACCGCUGGCCAGGCUCUGCCUUCAGCUUCCUGGCCUGGUUGUCCCUAGACCAGGAUCAGUUGGGUCCACUUAGCAAAGGCAAGAGGAAGCAGCUUACAGGUUUUUUCUUUACGUCAAGUGGCACAGGCUUUGAGGCCUUCAUUAGUGCUGCGGGUGUGCUGGUGGUGGCUGUCUGCACGAAGAAGGAAUACGUCACUGUCAUGCUGCCCGACAACUGCUUCUGCGACUCUCUCUGGCACAGCAUUGGUGUGGUGCACAUACCAGGGAAGAGGCCGUUUGGGCAGAGUCUGGUCUACAUUUAUGUGGACGGACAGCAAAAGUUGUCUGCCCCACUUAAGUAUCCCACAAUGACCGAGCCCUUUACAUUCUGUUGCAUCGGCUCAGCGGGCCACCGGACCACUACUCCUCCACCGUCUCAGAUCCCGGACCCCCCCUUCUCGUCCGCCACCACACCCACCACACGCUCUUCGCUGGGCGGCAUCCUUUCGCCUCAGGCAUGGGGAGGACUACUGAGUGGAAAGCCUGAGUCUGUGACGAAGCUCAUCUCAGCGGGGACCCAGGACAGCGAGUGGGGCAGCCCCACAUCGCUUCAGGGUCAGCUCGGGAGCGUGAUGGUGUUCCACGAGGCGCUGCAGCCCGGCCACGUUAAAGGCAUCUGUAGUGCUGGUCCAAACUGUAUCUCCCCUUUAAAAGUCCAGGAAGCAGAGCUUGGUGACUUUUCAAGCAAACUGCUACUGCACUAUUCACCAAAGGCUUGUCAAAAUCCGAUCUGUCUCGAUCUGUCCCCCAAUAAGCUGCAUGGGCGCCUGACUGGGAAGAAAGUUGUUAACUGGGACAUCAAGGAUAUGAUCAAUUGUGUAGGCGGCUUGCCCGUGGUCUUCCCGAUACUGGAGCAGUUGGCCUAUGUGGCCCCCGAUCAACAGGCCAGUGACGCGUCAACGGGAUCAGACUUCAUCACCCCAGAUGUGACUACUCCAGCUGACGGAGAGUGGGUCAUUCUCCCGUCUAACAGGGCUUCAGAAGCGCGCCUCGAGAAGAAUCUGGUGGCCACCUUCUUGUUGGUGCUGAAGCAUUUUCUGCAGAGGCAUGCAAUAAACCAGGAGAAUCUUCUGCACUCGCAUGGCAUCGAUACACUGGGAGCCCUGCUGCAGAAGCUUCCCGUCGGUCACGUGGACGUCAGUGUCCUGGUGGCUAUGCAGCUGCUGAUAGAGCAGGUGACCUAUGAGAAGAAUCAAACUCUGCUGCAGCAACUUCAUGCACAUCUGCUGUUCAACUUCAACAUCUGGAAUAAAGGCGACUUCCCUUUGCGAAUAGGUCACAUACAGUAUGUGAGCACUGUCAUCAAAGACAACAGGAAGCAGUUCCGGAAGAAAUAUGGAGUACGAUUCCUUUUGGACACCAUUCGCCUCUAUUAUGGGAAAAACAGUAAUAAAGACGGCGACCUGAGUGAGGAUGACAUUCGGACCAUCCGCACGUCUCUCUACGGGCUCGUCAAGUACUACAUCAGCAAAGGCUUGUCCCAGGAAGAGAUGCAAAGCAUUGUUGGAUACAUCUCCGCCAUCGGGGACGAGGAUCAGAUUUGUGGGCUGUUGGAGAUGUUACUCAGCCUCCUUCAGAGUAGUCCAUGCAGGGACCAGCUCUUCCUGCUCCUCUUUGAGCCCGGAGCAGCCGACUCUUUUUACGCCCUGCUUCUCAACAGCAAAUACACAGACCGCCUCAGGGAACUUGUAUUCAAGCUGUUUGAGCGCAUGUUGCGAUGCGACCGUGUCUAUGAGAAGAACAAGCAGCGUUUGAGGCUGAGGGAGGCGGGUUACGGCGGCCUGUCGCUGAUCUUCUCCGAUCUUCACAUAACUCCAACGCUCGUUCGCUGUGUCCUCAACCAGGUCCUCCAUACAGAUCAUGUGGUGCACUACAAGGACUUGAUGGCAUUGGUUCAGUUAACUCAUCGAUCAGGACCCAGCGUACGGCUCAUUGUCUGCAAAAGGGUGUACCAGUUGCUACAGUCCCAACAAGAAGCUGCUUUCCAGAUCUCAAAGCAGCAGUGUUGGCAGGACACGCUGACUAGACUUUACUUGCGGGGCGAAGGCUCGUCCCAAUCCCGAAAUGCAGACACCGUCAGCACCUGCAGCCUGGAUGUGAACCGGCCCGGUGGGAGUAUUAAUAACCGCCUGGAGUUGCCGCUAGAUCGUAGAACAAGGGCGGGCAGCGCCGGCCGCUUGGACCGCCCGGACGACGACUGGCUUAGCAUGGGCGACACUCGCUCUGUGGACAGCCUGGACAACAGCGAUGUCAUCUCACUGCUGGACACUCCGUCCUCCUCCGCUUCCACCGAGCCACAAGCCCAAGUCAAGCCCUGGGUGGUGGGGAAAUCCGGGGGUUUAACCCUGGAUCUGUCUCACCUGCAAACCUAUGAGGGCUUGGACAGUGGCAGCCAGACACCUGGCAGCGGGCCCAGCACGCCCUCACCACUGGAGACCUCCAAGCCUUUUCCAACGAACUCGGGGAGUUUGGACGCAAACGCCUCCCUGGCUGAAGACACCUUCCUCUUCAGUGACAACCUCUCACUGGGGGAGUCCUACAAUGGCACAGAGCGAGCUGAGGACGAACUGUGCAGCAUGUUGCUGGAGAUCCUGCUGUGUGUGAUGUGGCGUGGAGUUGAAGGUUCUGACGAUUCCGCCUGGCUAGAGCGCGGCCAAGUCUUUUCCGCUCUCACCAAGCUGGGGACAGCCAACGAGCUGCUGCUUCCUGUCGACCAAAUCAAACUCAGUCUUCUGGAGCGUAUGUUGGAAUGGGCGGUGAGCGACAACCGCGAGGCGUCCGCCGCCACGUUGCCUCAACACACGGAGAACGCGGUGCGUCUGCUUCACAUGGUACAAGACUUCCUGCAAGCUGAGGGCCUGAUCAACCCAGCGCUGUGGACCGAGAAGGUGCUGGAGGAGUCUGUGACACUGAUGGACUGCCUCAUGGUGUGGUACUCUGCUGGUACCCAGUGGUUCCAGCUCUCCCAAGUUGGACUGAGACUGAUGCUGGGCUUCAUGGCUCAAGAAGGCUCCGAGGUGUGUGCAAUCGCCACUGCCAAGCUCAAUUUCAUCCUACAAAUGAAGGAGGUGUCCAGCCAGGACGAGGCCUGCUACCUGUUGGGCAAGGUGGAGGGCAUCCUUCGGCCUGCUAUCCAGGAGAACACAGAGGAAACGUACACCUUCCUGGUUCCUCUGUUGCGAACACUCCUCUCCAAAGUCCAUCGCGUCCUUUAUAUGGAUCUGCACCUUCCCCAAUUGCCCGAUACCAAUGGCAGUCCCUCUUUCUUCGAGGACUUCCAAUUAUACUGCAACUCCGCCGAGUGGCGCGUCUACCUGGACAAAUAUAUCAUUCCGUACAUGAAGCAGUAUGAAAUUGAGACCUUUAGUCAGGGCCAUGAGACCAUGGCCCUCUACUGGAAGGAGUGCUAUGAGUCCUUCAUGGUCAGUCUGCAUAAGAGAGAGCGGGAGCGAGGGGAGAGCAAAAUCCGCUUCCAGGAACAGUUUGUCGAGCCUUUCUCCCGUCGAAGUCGUCAGGAGAACCUGAGGUACAACAGCAUGUUGAAGCAGCAGCAUAGCCAGAACAGUGCCUCUCUCAGGCAGUGGAAGGCAGCUCGGCGAGGCUUUAUUUGUGAACGGGGGCCUUGGGCCGAAAGGCAGCAGGAUAAGAUGCGCUGGAAGCUAUCCAGCGCUGAGAACUUCUCCCGCAUGAGGCUGAAGCUGGUCCGGAAUUACAACUUCGACCCUCACAAGGAGGCCAGCGCUCUGCGAGACAACCUCGGUGUCCAACAGCAGUUGCUAAACCCAGAAUCGCUGCUGCUGGAGGCUGUGAAGCAGGUCAAGGUGACCAACUUGGAAGAUGACGUCUUGGAACUGCCUGAGGAUGACCCUGCUGCAGCCAUCAACCCGCUGGAAACAGAGGAGGCGGGUCAAAAGGAGAAACUGGUGUUGGGGGAAGACUGUGAGCUGGUGACGGUGGUUGACGUGGUGCCCGGCCGCCUGGAGAUAACCACCCAACAUAUCUACUUCUAUGACGGCAGCCAAGAGAAGGAUGAAGGUGUUGGCCACGACUUCAAAUGGCCUCUGAGCCAGAUCCGUGAGGUCCACCUGCGGCGAUACAACCUGCGACGCUCCGCUUUGGAAAUCUUCCUCAUUGACCAAACCAACUAUUUUCUCAACUUCAAGAAAGAGGCAAGAAAUAAGGUGUAUAACCGAAUGUUGGUGCUGCGAUCCCUCAGUCUGUUCGGAACACGUUCUCCACAGGAGAUCCUGAAGGCCUCCGGACUUACACAGAAAUGGGUGAAUCGGGAGAUUUCCAACUUUGACUACCUGAUGCAACUCAACACAAUUGCGGGGAGAACGUACAACGACCUGGCACAGUACCCAGUGUUUCCCUGGGUUCUGGCUGACUACACGUCAGAAAAGCUGGACCUUUCGGAUCCACGGGUGUUUAGGGACUUGUCAAAGCCAGUGGCAGUACAGAACAACCGCAACGCCAAGGCAGUUCGAGAAAGGUAUGACAGCUUUGAGGACCCAACAGGUACCACAGACAAGUUCCAUUAUGGCACCCACUAUUCCAGCGCCGCCGGGGUGAUGCACUACCUCAUCCGAGUGGAGCCCUUCACCUCCCUGCACAUCCAGCUACAGAGUGGACGGUUCGACUGUGCCGACCGCCAGUUCCACUCCAUUCCGGCAACGUGGCAGACCCUCAUGGACAACCCCAAUGAUGUCAAGGAGCUCAUCCCGGAGUUCUUUUACUUCCCUGAGUUUCUUGAGAACCAUAAUGGCUUUGACCUUGGACGCAGGCAGAUAACCAAAGAAAGAAUAAAUGAUGUCAUUCUCCCUAAAUGGGCCACGUCUCCUGAGGACUUUAUCUGCAAACACCGCAAAGCCCUGGAAUCUGAGCACGUGUCAGCGCACCUUAACGAAUGGAUCGACCUGAUCUUCGGUUACAAGCAGAGAGGUCCUGCGGCAGUGGAGGCCCUCAACGUCUUCUACUACUGCACAUAUGAGGGGGCAGUGGACCUCGACGCCAUAACUGAUGAAAAGGAACGAAAAGCCCUGGAAGGCAUGAUCAGACACUUUGGGCAGACACCAUGCCAGCUCCUCAAGGAGCCCCAUCCAGUACGUCUCUCUCAAGAGGAAGUGGAGAAGAGGAAGGCCCAGCUGGACUCGUGUUCUCUAAGCAUGUUUGAAAACCUCAGCGACCUCAAGUCCUUCUUUGUUGAGGGCAUUAGUGACAAUGCUCCACUUGUUAAAGCUGUUGUUCCAAAGAAUCAGUCACACUCCUUCAUCAGUCAAGGCAGCCCAGACACUCUGGUGACCGUAAGUCGGAACUGUCUGUUCGGGACCCACGGGUGGCUGCCUUACAACAGGAACAUCUCCAACUACUUCACCUUCAUUAAGGACCCCACAGUGUCCAACACCAAGACGCAGCGUUUCCUGUCCGGACCCUUGGCCCCUGGCGUGGAGGUAACGACGAGCCUGUUUGUAAUCUCGCAUGACGGAAAGUUGCUCUUCAGCGGUGGCCACUGGGACAACAGCCUCCGGGUCACAUCGCUUGUCAAGGGCAAGACUGUGGGGCAGCAUAUCCGUCACAUGGAUAUUGUAACCUGCUUGGCAACAGACCACUGCGGCAUCCACCUGAUGUCGGGUUCCAAGGACACAACCUGCAUGGUGUGGCAUGUUUUGCAGCAGGGCGCCGCUCCUGUCGGCCUGCAUCCCAAACCUGUUCAAGUGUUGCACGGCCACACGGACGAGGUGGUCAGCGUCAGUAUCAGCACAGAGCUGGACAUGGCCGUGUCCGGAUCACGGAACGGGGUCGUGAUCAUCCACACGGUGCGCAAAGGUCAGUAUGUGCGUUGCUUGCGCCCGCCGUGCGACAGCUCCUUGCCGCUCUCCGUCCUGCACCUGGCCGUGUCCUGGGAGGGCCACUUGCUGGUCCACACCUGCUUGGAGGGCAAGGCAACACUAAAGGAUAAAAACGCCCUCCACCUUUACUCUGUGAAUGGAAAAACACUUUGCCGGGAGCCUCUGAAGGAGCAGAUGACUGACAUGUGCGUCUCUGGAGAGUUUGUGGUCAUUGGCAGCGAGGAGGGAUACCUGUCCAUUAGAGACCUGUACAGUCUGUCUCUGCGUGGGGAGCCCAUGGCCAUGCGGGUGCCCGUGCGCUGCGUGUCCGUCACCAAGGAGCAGAGUCACGUCCUGGCGGGCCUGCAGGAUGGCAAGCUGAUCAUCGUGGGCGUGGGCAAGCCGGCCGAGGUAAAGAACUCUCUGAGGAACUACAUCGCUCAGAGCCUGGAGGGAUCGCCGCUCAUGGCCUCCCCCUUGUUGGCUCCACUCCGAGCUCGCUCUCCAACUCGCCUGCUGCACCAGCGGGACCAGCUGGUGUUCAGCUCCACUUCUGUUAUCCAGAAACCCUAGCAGCUCUCUUCAACCCUCAUCUAAAAGCUCCUUGUACUUGGACUCCUUAGGCGUUGACCUUUGAUGCUUAUUACCAAACGCAGUUUAUAACUAGGGGUGUCCCAAUCCGAUAUUGACAACGGUCAAAUAUCAGCAAAAAAACAAGUAAAAUCCCGAUACAAGCAGUCCUGCACUGUUUACUUGUGCAAAGCUAUUUUAGUCAAUUAUUUUAGGCAAUUAUUUUUGACUCCUGGGCCCAAAUUUAGAGAAAAAAAUGUGUCUGGGGGUCCGGUAUAUCUAUUUUUAGGACCACUAAUACCAAACCUCACAAUAAUGUCUGAUUGAAUGCUAAAAACGUUAUGACAGACCGCCUAAAAAAACGGAAUGGAAUUUUCCUUUUUAUUACUGAAUGAGACACCAAGAAUGUACAUGAAAAUAAAGUAUGUGGGAUUUACAAUAUUAACUACGAACGAUAAAACACUGAAUGUUGACAACAUAUGAACGUCACACCCCCUCUCGAUCGACAUAUUUUACAAUCAAGCAAAACGCAACAAAAAUGCAACAAACACAGCUAAAUAUGACCGCAAAGGGUAAAAAAAACACCUACUAUCUGAUACAUCUGAUAUAGCACUAAGCUUUAGAACUUUGUUGUAAAAAUCUCCUUCUGCGUCUGUCCCUGACACCCGCAUUUCAGGUUGUCACUCUGUGUAAACGCUCCCCACCCACACUGCUUGGUGCCUCGUCUGAGCUGCUGUGACUUAGAUUACCAUAGUAACUAAUUAGAUUACAAUAGUAACUAGUAUAUCAUGCAAAAGUGCAGAUUCCAACCAUUGAAAUACUUUGUAUAGUUCAAGACUUACAGUAAUUUGAAAGCAUCACUGCACAUCAUAGUGGCGGCUACAGUUUCAAUCUUAAAGAUGUAAAAAAAAUUUUUGGGGAAUGUCCGGCGGGCCAGAUUGAAAAGAUUAACGGGCCACAUGCGACCCCUGGGCCUUAAAUUGCCCAGAUUUGUGCUAGGCUAUAAACUACUAGGAGCUACAUCAGCUAAGCACACAAGCUAGACAUACGUAACAAGCAGGGAGGAGUGGGACAAAAAUUUGGCCUUGGAUUUUUUAGUCCAGAGUGGGCCACGCAUUCCCGGGAAUUUUUUUACUAUUUGACUCCUAACCUCAGUUUAUUCCAUAUUUUGGAUUACAGUAAUUCCUCGUUUAUUGCUAUUAAUUGCCUCCGGAUUUGACCACAGUAAAUUAAUUUUCUGCAAAGUAAGAAUUAUUAUUUAUAAAUAAAAUAUAAUACAGCAUAAAAAAACCUGUUUACUGCACUGGGGUUUCAUUACCGCCACACCUUGAAAAUAAGUAGUUUUUUUUAUACUUGAAAACAAAUUCAAGUAUUAUAUUGUAGCCCCCAGAAGAAAUUACACAAAGUCCAACGCUAUUUUUAACUUUUAUUACCAGUCUUUUGAUAACAAACGGCACAAUUCCAGCAGGUUUUACCUCCCGCGCAAACACUUUCGUCUCCGUGACUCUGCACUUCCCCGGACACACAACAACAUUUCCUCAUUCUGUGCCAAACACCUUUCAAACACGAACGGUGUGUUUGCAAACAUGGGAAAAACUGACGUCAAAUUCAAACCACACAAACAUAAAACAUUAACAUUAGCUGGUCGUUACAGUAUGAAUUGAUACAUAUAGCCUAUUAUUUGUGCACAAUUGACAAGGGAUGUACCGAAAACUUGACUACCGAAAAAAGACUUUGGGAUUACCGAAAACCACGCCGCCGAAACCGGAUGCAAACAAAAUGCACGCCAUUUUUUGGAUCCUUGUCAGCAAGUCUGUGAUGUGGAGGUGAUUUUUAUAUAUCCCAGGACAGCCUUCUACAAAAUGUGCAAAUAUUAAGAGGACAGUGGCGGGAGAGAAAGUCCAACUAGAGCAACAGCGCCAAGCAAGUGUGACGCCAUGCUCGCUUCAGCCUCCAUUGUCAGGGACAUCAAGGGACAGACGGAUAGACUCUUUAAACACGUGUACAUUUUAUGAUAACACCAGAAGAUUAUGCUACAUUUGUUGCUUGUUGUUUUUAAUAAAAAACUAAUUAAAAGUCUCUAAGCACUUGAAAAAAUCUUAACAAAGUACAUUGUACAAUAAGCAGCAACAAUUAAAAAUAGGGCAAAACGAUACAAAAAAAGAAUGUUAAUACUAAUUAAUAAUAACAUAUUUGUUUUUAAAUGUAUUAUUGCUUCGGACCAGUCUUCCUCUCAGGGAAUAAAACACACUGGUCAAUCCCAAGUUCUUUUGGAUGACAUAUAUGUUGAGUAAGAAGGACCACCGAGACAGAAUAGUACUUGGCCAAGUUUUACUAAAGCUUUAGGAGACCCGCCCAAUGCGAUAAUAGCAGCAUCGAGAAGCGGUCUGAAAAUCAAACGGAAAGAGUCAGCUUCUUUAGUAUGAAAACAGCCCCCUUCUGCCCAGAAAGAAAUACAGCGUUAUUGUUCUAAACUGACGUAAAAAAGGGGAGUUCAUUAUACUCCCAAUACACAUUCCAGCGCCACACAGAGUUUACUAGUGGACAUAAGAUAAAGACCCAAAGUGUUCAAAUGGGAAAAUAUUAGCUGCUUUAAACAUGACUAUGGGCUAAAAAAGAACACUUAAAAAUAUCUCAUUAUCACAGUAUUUCUAAAUUUUAUGAGCCUAUUUAAAGAAAAAAAUAUCCAUCCAUCCAUCCAUUUUCUACCGCUUAUCCCUUUUGGGGUCGGGGGGGUGCUGGAGCCUAUCUCAGUAUCAUCAUAGCAAAUUACUCUAUGACAUAAUUGUGACCACGCACCCACCAUAUAUUGUCAGCCUCGGGGAAACCUUGCUACCCUCUAAAUAUUGUUUUACAUUGUGAUAACCUUGCAGACAUGAAAUGCGCUUUACACUUUAAUCCAAUGUAGUAAUGCUGCCUGAGGCUGAGCCAAUCAGUGGCCACGAUAGUGAAAAUCAUGCUUUGCUUGGUUUGGUCUCACCGAGUGGCCAAUACUAUCGUAGCAUUGAUAUUUUUAGUUAAUUUAGACAUGUUUAUGCUUGAAAUCUCUUCAUUUAUGUCAAAAAUGUUGUAGAAUAUGCGAUGUGGCGAAGCCGAGGCUUUUUAAUAUUUAAUAUUUUUAAUAACUAGUGUAUUAAAAAGUGAUUAUUAAUAGAGCCGAUAAUUAUGCGGCUGUGAACUUUACACAACUGAUUUUACAUUUGACACAGGCAGGGCGUCCAUACCGUCCUCUGUUUCCACCAUACCGCGGAGCAGGAAAGGGCUAGAAAAUUCCAUCCAUCCAUUUUCUACCGCUUGUCCCUUACGGGGUCGCGGGGGGUGCUGAAGCCUAUCUAGAAAAUUGUUUGCUGUCAAAUUUAACCUAAAGCGCUCAGUCAUUUAUUAUUGACAUUUUCUGUAGCAUCCUGUCCCCAAGUUAUCGCACAAUUACCAAGUCAAGGCGCAGCAAAGAGUAAAUGCAGGGAUAAAUAAAUGGCCCGUUGUCCAUCGGGAAAACUCUAGAUACUACCUUAGUUGAACGUUAUUGCUCUGUAAAACGCCACAUUUGCCAAAAUAAAAAAAUAUAGUUGCAUAUUACUUACACAUGCAAAGUCUUAGAAAGUAUCCAGUAACAAACGUGUACGCAUCACUCAACUUAGCAGCUUAACUUCAUGAAUUACUGUGGCCACAAGGUGUCGCCAAAAUGACCACUCCACUUCAACUUAAAGACAGUAUAAGACGGUUAAUGAUACAUAGUUUAGUGUUUCCCAUACUUACCAUUGUUCUCUGUUAGACUCAUGUCGCUUCAUCAAACCUUCAAAAUCCCACACUGCAAUGUAGUACAAGUGUGUAAUGAUUCCUGCUGAUAUCACUUUGAAUCAAUACUCAAGGCUCCAACAUCGGUAUUGUAUCGGCACACCCCUAGUUAUAACAUCUGAGUGCAUUUAUUUUGUAGUAGCUACUUUCUAAAAAUUCACCCUGAUAAUAUUGCACUGAUUACACAAUAGGGGUUUGAAUCUUUCAAAUUCCGAUUCUCCGGGUGGCAAUUCGAUUCAGAAUCGAUUCUCAAUUCAACACAAGUCCUGAUUCAAGCUGAUUCUCACAAUCUAUUAUUUGGUGUAAUGAUUAUAAUGAAACUUUUUUUUAAAAGGUUACUUACACGGACAUGGCCUAAAACGUCUUUUUUAAAAAUGGAUUCUUCUAUAGCAAAAAAAAAAAGUCCAUUUUUGAAAAUGAUUAAUGGAUUUCGAAAAUAGGAAUGAAUAGGAAAUGGUGAUUCGGAUGUGAGUCGAGUUUUGGAAAUAGUAUUUCAUUGUGCGGCACGCUUUGCCCUUUUCAUCUUUCCAUACCAAAGUAUAUUUUUCAAAUGCUCAUAAUCAAAUAUGGACAUGCUAUCGACUCAUGGAUCGUAUCCUCUCCUUGUUUCUUUUGGCUUCACGCUUUCACACCCACUCUCACCCCCUUCCUCCUUCCUACUUCCUCCUUCCUACUUCCUCUACCGCCGCUCCUCUCAGAUUCCCCGGAGGCUGUGGGGCUCCACUAAGAGGCGGACCAAGCUGGCGUCUGAGGAGUCGGACUACACCACCUAGCAUGACUGCCGCCCCCACACCCCCCCCCCCCCCCAUCCACAUCCCAAGCCCUAAAACCCCUCCCCCUUCACGCCCAUCCCUGCCAGGUGACCCCACGUGCGUCACGUAAAUUAUAAGCGGCCCACUCUGCACUGAGCGCACGGCGCUGGCGCUGUGAUUCAGACCCAGAAGUAGCUGCAGCCUUCAUGUUUGUGUCCCCUUUAGUCGGAAAACAACUCGGAAUUCUCUGCUUUUCCAUUUUCACCUUCAGACUGUUGUUUUCCAACAAGCGCCAUUAAAGAGCCUGGGCAGCGGGUGACUUAGCACUUGCAUGAAUGUUUUUAAGUUACUUGAAAGGGUUGUUUUUAUUUAUAGCAAGCGUAGAAUGUGUUCAGUCUGUUCAUGCGCCCCAAGGAAUGAUGUGCAAAAUGUCAGCGUUAAUAGCAAUACUUUGGCGGGUCUCCUUUGUCGCCUUUCAUUCGCACGUUCUCGACGUCUUCCUCUUGCUCCUUUUAGCGUGUGUUUUUUUUAAUCAUUCCUGUCUGUUCACAGGGUAUUUCAUGUACACUAAUGGUCAUUUUGGAUACUUAAAGCCACAGUGUGAAGCUCCUGUGGAGACGGAUUGACAUGUUUUUGCAUCGAUUGAUUGCAGAAGUGUGUCGGUAAUGGCGUUUAUUUACGUUGCCAAGCCAAAGUGUGGCUCAUACACACACUCAUAAUAUAUUUGUAUAUCUUUUGGUCAUUGGUACUUGCCUUUUAUGAGUGGAAAUUGAAAAAGGAAAAAACUUUAUUUGUUUUUUUAACAAAUUAUUUUUUGUUGUCAAAAAUCAGUAACUGGAUCAAAAAAAAAAGUUAUUUUUCAUAAAUAUAUUUUUUCUUCUUCUGCUGCAGGCUGACUACGCCAAACACUAAAUAUAUCCAAACAUUUAAUCCACAAUAUGAUUUGCAUUAUUGACUGGACAGGACAGAUUUAAAAACAUUUAUAUAUAUAUAUAUAUUAUUUAUUUAUUAUUAUUUUUAUUUUUUUCUUAAAGAAAUAUGAAAAUCACCAGUCAGCAGAAACUACAAAAAAAUCCCAAAGUAUUUUUUUUAAUACAUUUUUUUUUUCAGUGUUGAAAAUCAAUAACUAGAUCUAAAAAAACGGUUUGUUUUUCAUAAAAUACUUUUUUUCUUCUUUUUAUCCCAUCCUGCUCCAGUUCGACUACGCCAAACAUUUAAUCAAAUUAAAUACAAAUAAUGAUAACAUCAACAAUAUGAUUUGCAUUAUUGACUGGACAGGACAGAUUUAAACGAUAUAUAUACACACAUAUAUACACACAUAUAUAUAUAUAUAUAUAUAU